CUGAACGUGACGCUCACAUUUAAAAGGGCGUGCGAGAGUGUGAGAAGUCCACGACCAGACGUCGCACACACAUUUUGGGAGAAACUGUUGUUCAGUCACUCUGGAGAAACUGGCGUGUGAUGAAUGAAGAAAUAAGGUCUGAAAGAGUAUGCAUCCCAUUGAAUUAGACAGAUCCAAAGUGCUGAGAUCUCAGAUCAUCUUUGUCUGAUGGAACUAUUAGGAAUUACAGUUUGGAUGUCCAUCUGCAUUUACAUCAAAAGAUAAAGAGAAAUCAUUCAUAUCUCCAGGAAGUAUAUCCUCAUCGACAGGGCAAUCACAGAUUUCCUGAAGUUCUCUCUCUGUAGGUUAUAAGAUCAACUUGACGCCAGCUUCUGCAUCAGCAUCCUGUGCUGCUUCGUGGCUUGCAGAUAUGUGUAACGGGGCAUAAUAAGAGCGUUUCUGCUCUUUCAUGGAACAAACGUGAGCGUGUCUCAUUGAUUUGACAUUUCCUUUGACUGGCUGGGUUAAUGAAGAGCCAGACUCUAGACAUACCUGAGCAACUUGAUGCAGAACAGCAACAGCUCCAAUGAAGUGUGAUCACGGGAGUCUACAGCCCAGGAGUCUACAGUCUAAAGCAGGGAAUACGUACUACAGCACAAAGCAGUAUCUUCCUCAUUGAAAUCCAGCAAGAAUGAGCAACUGAUCAGGUUGAUGCUCUAGAUUUUUGGUCCUGUUGUUUUUUGGGUUUGUUUUUUUUUUUUUUAACAAUGGCAAUGAAAAAACUAUUACCGCCAAAAACCCAGGUGGACGACGCGAGUGGACAGGACCAGGAUGGUUUGGGGGUUGCCCAUGAUGACCAUCUGAGGAGCCUGAAGGCCCUAACAGAGAGGCUUCAGCUGAAGACUGGGCGGCCCUCACAGCUGCAGUGGAAGGCUGAGUUAGAAGCCCAGUUACAGGCCCAGAUAGAGGCCCACAGGGCUAAGGGCCUUGGGCUGGAGGGGAAGACGAUGGGACAGAGGGAGGACGAACCCCCAGGCUCCCUGAGACGACCAAAACGACCACUCCAGACAUCUGACGUGAGCCAGGGGGGCCAUGUGCUCCCAGGGGGGCUGAAAGGGUUUGGGGGCAUUGAUGAGGCUCUCGUCUGGCUGAGGAAGGAGCUGACAGAGAUGCGCCUGCAGGAUCAGCAGCUGGCCCGUCAGCUGAUGCGGCUGCGCAGUGACAUCAACAAGCUGAAGAUUGAGCAGACCUGUAACCUGCACCGCAAGAUGCUCAACGACGCCACCUACGGGCUGGAGGAGAGAGAUGAGCUGUCUGACCUGCUGUGUGACUUCCCUGUCACGCCUGCCUUCAGCCUGUCGGCCCCGCUCAAACUCAUUGGUGUCACCAAGAUGAACAUCAACUCCCGACGUUUCUCGCUCUGCUAGAAGGACACAAAUAGUAUGUCAGAGCUGUCCCACCUCGGUUUCUCCAUAUCCUCUACCCUCAUCCUGAAUGUACUGAAGACUACUGGAUCCUACUCUGAGUGAGAGAGCACUGCACUGAAUCUACCGCCACCUGCUGGCCGCCUGGUCAUGGCACAACCUACUGUGUUUAAGUAAUUGUUUUCUGAAUGUGUCCUCAGUAAUGCCUUAAUACAGGGUAAUAUUGAUUGUAUGGAAUCGUUAGUGGCAAAUGUGUCAAACAUCUGUGACUGUCUUGUCUCCUCUUAAUUACUAGAGGUUCACUUUGAGAUCCUGACUCGCCUUUGAGAAAUCUCUCUUUUAACAGUUAAUUUCAUUUUCAUUUAAAAUUGUAAGAUAACAGAGAAUAAAGUGUACAUGAAACAGCAUUAGAAAAGGGUGAGAAAGUGUCUCUUAUUUUAAGUGUUGUCACUUUCUCAAAGGCAGUGAAGUUGUCUGGAUGAAUGAUAGUUAAUCUCAUGGAUGAAGAAUAAAUGUUUGGGGGUGAAUAAAGAUUGAGAUUACAAUGGAGUGGGGUGAUGCAAAAAGCUCUUUAGCCACCAGGACCCUGGAUUUACCUCACUGGCUGUAUGGAACUUGACUCCAUUUAGAGAAUGCUACCUGGAAAAUGACUGUGACUGUUGGAGUUUAACAUGUGCAGGUAGCCGCACUCUUACAAGUACACAAUGUUAUGUCCAGAUGCUUAAUGUUGGUUGAUACGUAUGCAAUAACAAAAAAAGACAUGGAAACCACAUCCCAGGCUGCCAAGAGCCUGGGGUGCCAUGCUGGAUAAAGACCUGUCCAUCAAAGACAAUGUAGCAUCAGUGACACAGAGCUGCAGAUUACUAAUACAUAACACGCAGAGAAUAUGUUCUUUUCUUACUAUCUAACUGUCGGUGCAGGCGCUUGUACUCUCUAGACUGGACUACUGGAAUUCUCCUCUCACUGCCCUUUCUGCAAGUCUCAUCAGGCCUUGCCAGUUCAUCCAGAAUGGAGGAGCUCAGAUGAGUUACAAUCAACCAACAUGCUGUCAUGGCACACCUCUUCACCUCCUUACAUUGACUGCCUGUUAUGACCUGGCUGGAAUUCAAAACCGUGGUGCUAACCUACAGAGCAGUAACAAGAACAGCACCCUUACAGUUACAUUCUUGGAAACCUUGCUCAUCCCCAUCACGUCCUUUCUCUACUCUGGCCCCAAAGUGAUGGAAGGAAGUCUCAACACAACAGUCAGGACAGCAUGGUCACUGUCCACUUUCCAACACAGAUUUACAACACACCUACUCAGAUUGUACCUUGGCUCCCCAAGCUCAGACCUUUCCCCCUCCUAACACUGCAGUUAAAUCCCGUGGUAAAACCUGAUUAUAUAUGCCUGGUUUAGAGGCUGUUGACAGUAUGUUAACAAAGCUCAGUAGUCAAAAUUUUGUGGUGAAAGGAGUUUGAUUAGCAGUACAAGUUUAGUCUGAAAAUAACAAUGCUAGUGUAUUUGUGUGCCUUAAGCCAACACACAAUGUUUCCCCACAGUGGCACUAUGGGAAAGUGUACAAGUAUUUCAGUAAUGAUUGAAAGUUUAUGUGGCUACAUUCCUA